AUGAAGAGGACGCUGCUGCUCGUCUUCAUUCAUGGCUUCAAGGGAGGAGAAGACACCUUUCGUGACUUUCCGCAGCACCUUCAGGCACUCCUUAGCCACGCGGUACCGAAGGUCACCGUCACCUCGAUAAUUUAUCCGAGAUUCGAAACGCGAGGGGACCUCCACGACUGCGUGGCCCGGUUCAAAGAAUGGUACGAGCUCCAGAACAAGGUCAUUGACCUCGAGGUCGCCAAUGGCACCCCUUCACCUACAGUCGAACCAGGCAUCGUAGCCGCCGAAGCCCUCCUCUCGAUACUCUCCGAGAAGCCCAUCCACCCCGACUCGACAACCGUAGCCAACAACGGUACCACCACAACCCGCCCAACAACGCCCAGCCCGGCCUCUAACAAGCUCUCCAACCCUGUCAACCUCAACAUCCCGACCAACGCCAAGCUUCCAGGCAGCGGCACCACGACACCCAAAACCCGCUCCCGCUCCACCUCUACUGUUCUCCCACCGGACCCCACCACCCUCGUCUUCCCCUUCAUCCAAGGCAUCCUCGCCUUCGACACGCCUUACCUCGGCAUUUCGCCCAGCGUCAUCGCUCAUGGCGCCGAAGAGCAAUUCAACACUGCCUCUUCGGCAUGGUCGGCCUACAAUAGCAUGGCCGCGGCCUUUGGCUGGGGCGGCUCAAAGUCUGGUACCCAAACCCCGACCGUCGACGCGAGCAAGGCGCUACCGGCUGCUGGUGUGGAGGCGCAGGGGAACGGAUGGCAGAAAUUCGGGCGCGUGGCGCUGCUCGGUGCGGGCGUCGUGGCCGCCGGUGGCGCGGCGGCGUAUCUGGGCCGGGAGAAAGUGACGGAGGGAUGGAGCUGGGUGGGGAGUCAUCUCGAGUUCAUCGGGUGUCUUGCCCGUGGGGAUGACCUGAAGAAGAGGUUAGUAGCCGUAACCCAGGUAUCCGAGGCGCGCGGGGUUGGGUUCAGUGUGUUUUACACAACGCUAGGCAAGGCGGUCGAGGGGAAGGAUCAGUGGUCGACGAGCGUGGUUGGGAAGGAAAGGACGUUUUGCACGAUUCCGAGGGAGGAGAGCAGGACGAGAAAGUACUGGGUGGAGGCGAGAAAUGAUAGGGCCACGGAUGAGAUUGCGGCGCAUGUCAGCAUGUUUGGGCCAAGGGAGAACCCGGGGUUCUAUGGGAUGAGUGAUCAGGCUAAGGAUGCGGUUACGAGUUGGUGUAAGGACAGGUGGUAUGAAGAAGGUGAUGAAGAAGGUGCAAGCCUGCUGGGAGAAGAGGGAGAAAAAGGUACGGAAAGCAGGCCGAAGAGCAGAGAAGGUGCGGAGGCAAAGGAAAAGAGGAAGUCUGCGGAGCACAAGGAGAGAGUGAAGGAGGCGACGAAAGACCGAGAGGCCCGGAGGGCCAGCCAAACAGCAGCCGAAAUUGCAGAGGAGGUGAGGGCCAAGCCGCAAAGUGAGGCAGAUGCUAAGUCAGCUCAACCGGGCCCAACGGACGAAGGGCAGGAGCCAGUGGUUGAUGAACAGCCUGGGAAGCUUGGUGAUGCUGCAAAAAACCGGGAACUGACCGGGAAAAUGGAAAUUGACAACGUCGAAACAAAAGUACUAGACACGGAGGCACCGCUGGCGGACCCAAACCCUGAGAGUCGGAAGCCGCCCAGAAAGCUUCGAAGGAAGUCCGUUCCUCGAGGGGAGGUACAGUUCGAGGAGGUAAAGCCUAUAGAAGACGAGGAAGAACCCACGGGUACCGAAAAUACUGUGGAGGAUCCAGAAUCUGAGGACAAAAUGGACGUUGAUCAAGCAGAGAUGCAAGCGCCCGAGCCGGAAUUACCGCUGGUGCACUCCUGCCCGGAGACCUCAAGGCGUCCUAGGAAGCUUCGGAGGAAAUCUGGUGCCCAGGAAGAGUCAAAAGUCGAGGAGAAGGAGCCGGUGGGCGACCAGAAGGAACCUGUAAGCGUUGAUGAUGCCCUAGAAGACCCAGAACCUGAGGACAGAAUGGAGGUCGAUGAGGCAGAGGUAAAAGCUCCCGAGGCAGAAGCACCACUCGUGCACUCCCGUCCAGAGACCCCGAGACCUCCCAGGAAACUUCGAAGGAAAUCUGAGUUGCAGGAUAAGAAGGAGGGAGCAGCUGAUAAUCAGGAGGUAGUAGAAAGUACGAGACCGAUAAAGCGGAAGCCUCGCAAGCUGUUAAGGUUUUCUGACCCCAAGGAGCUUACCGACAGGCCUGAAUCGGAGAAGUCAGGACCUGAGAACCGUGUUUCCGUGAUGGCUGCUGAGCAGACUGUGCCCGGACAGGCUUUUCUCGAAACUGCUGUCCCGCAAAAGUCUCUUCCUGAGAGACUUUCUCCCGAGAAGCAUGACCCCGAAUCUGAUGCGUCUGUCUCCAGUCUGCGGCGAAAGCCGCCGAAACUCAAGGUCAAAUCCAGCAAGCAGAACCUGCCGUAG